GAGUUAACAUUUACUUUCACAUUAUUUUACAUUUUCAUAAACGUAACCAAUACUUUUUUUAAAGCUUUUCAUUCUUUGGAGACGGUUAUAAACUCAUCUUUGGUCUAAAAAUGUUCAUAAUUGAGUGCAGCAUCUUCUAUCUGGCCGUUGGGGUGAUGAUGGACAGAGUAGCGUGCCUUGUGGAACUCCCUCAGGUGGUCGACAACGACAUAAAGAAGGCGGAACGCGUCAUUCGAACGACGGCCAACACACUGUUCUCAACCCUGAAGCUCCAGAGCAAGAAAGGGAGACCCAGGCACCAAUACUUCAGACUAGUCCAUCACUACCUCACCUCGCUAACUUUGGAAGACUACACGGCAUUAAAAGAAAUAGCAAAACUAACAAGAGUCGAUAAGAAAGCUAUCAAUAAUCGAACUCAACAUUUUAUUACUGCUUUAACUGAAAUUUUAGACGAUGAGAGCAAUCUGGGCACAGAAAAUGUUUCAAAACUGGAUGGUUUCGAUGAAGCAGAUAGAUUUAUCGAGGAAUAUAUGAAAGAGUUGGAACAUAAAGUCUAUAAUUCCAAUAAUAGUUUCGAUAGUGAAAUUGAAAUUGUUAAGCUUUUGAUGCUUCAGGAAUCAAUUAGCAAUGCUACAAAUAAAAUUCAAAAGGAAUUAGAUGUUUGGAAACCCAAUCUCCUGGAGUCAUCGAAUAGUGGACGGCGAAUAUUCAGAGGGAGAAGUACAAAUAUCAAGGACUAUCCUUUCAUGGCGACUGUACAAAUAUUCGGCAGGUUUACGUGUGGAGGGUCCAUCAUCAAGUCAGACUUAAUUGUGACAGCAGCUUCAUGUUUACAACUGGCUCACAACAAUCGACUGUAUCGUGAAAACCCUGCAUUUCUUAGUGUGCGGGUUGGGAGUACAUUCUACGAAGCUACUGGCGAGAGGAUUGACGUCAUAGAAGUUUAUUUCCAUCCUAGCUACAAUCCAAAGAAAUUGAACAACAAUAUAGCUAUUAUGCGUUUGCAAAGGCAUAUUAAUUUCAAGUCUGGCCAUGUUAAAAAGAUUGAGAUUGAUCGGGAUCCAGUUCCUUUGCCUAGCGUGACGGACAGAGUUCUUGUUUUGGGAUGGGGUGCUCGAACGGAAAGCAAUAGAAUUGCCAAUGCUGCGGAAGAUAAAUUGGCAUUCGCAUGGCUUGACUUUUAUCCAUGGGAGGAGUGUAGGGAAAUAUAUUCCAAGGAUUACGUGACGCGACAAAACUUUUGCGCAGGAUUCUUUUCAAAGGGUGGCGGGGCUUGUAAUCGUGAUGUUGGCGGUCCAGGCAUAGUCGAGGGUGUCCUGGUGGGGAUCAUCAGUUUCGGAUCCGCAACCUGCGGGAGCCCAGAUUCACCAACCGUCUUUACCAAAGUGGGUUACUAUUCCGAAUGGAUAGAUGAAAUCAUGGAACAGGAGGCACCGCAACGGGGCGCAUCAACUACCACAUUACCUCGUAAGACUAUAUGGAGGAUACCCACACAUGACCUUGGUCUAAAAGGGUCAAAUAAAGGCAAUUCAUUUUUGGUCGCUCCUGUCAUGCCAAGCAGCAGUCCGCAACCAACAGUGAUUAUAAACGAAGGGCAAAAGAAAAAAAUCCUUAAGGCAAGGUACGAAAAUAAGAUGGUAGACAAGGAAAGACGGCCCUUGCAAUCAUCAGACGAAGUACCUGCAUCAGGAAAAGUCCAAUACGAAACAAAAAUGGGUUUUACGUUAACGACCUAUGUCACUCCGUACGAAAACUUAGGAAACCAUUUACCUACUAAAACGUCUGAAAAAUUAUUUACUCCUGAAAUUUCACAUUCUGAUGAAUAUUCAAGUGAGGAAGAGAUUUCACAGAAUAAUAGAGACACUAUCGUCAUCAGCAGCGAUACAGGGGAAGGUAGUAUAUCGAAUCAGGUAUCUUCGUUAUUGGAGACAAUAGAAACGUCUGAAGAUACCCAAAUGACAAUCUUCGAAGAUAAACUUUCACAAGACCAGAAACUUUUACAAGACCAGAAACAAUCACAAGCCCAGAAAGUUUCACAAGAUCAAAAACCUUUGCGCGAAGAUAAAUCACUAGUCUUGCCUCUAAAAGAAACAUUACAGUUUAAUUCCCGGCAAGACCCAUUAUCUCAAGAAACAUCGCAAGCUAUAUCGCACACGAUGUCGCAAGAGAUAUCACAAGAAAUAUUAUCAGGAGAGACACCACUGACAGUGACUGUGAAGUCACCGCCUGAGAUGUUACCUUCAAUGAAAUCGCCGUCAGAGCUGUCAUCACGCGAAAAUCUACCGAAAAUCAAACAUACGAACGAGGAAGAUUCGGAAGAGAAAUAUUUUUCGAACGAAAACUCUUUAGAUGUUAGAGGUGAUAUAUCUAAGUCUGGAUCAGAAUCAGAGUUAUCGGUUAUUCCUUUAGAAAUUGAAUUAGCGGGUGAAACUGAAAAGUCUACAGAAAAAAUGCCAAGAUUCCCUCAUAGUACUCAUGAUGCCGUAAUGCCGGAAGAAAUGCUUGGUACGUUAAUGGACAAAUCUGCUUAUCAAACUAAAGAACCGUUUUCAGACAGUAGACUAGUUGAUCCACAACUCGCUUUGGCGCCUUCGCUGGCUAAAAAAAAAAGGAAAGGGAAUCGGCCUGACAUGAAAAAAGCAACAAUUACACUUCUUUAUUUUUCAGAUAAUGAGAAAGAUAAUAAUAUCCACGUUUUACCGGAUAAUACAAAACCUUCACUGAAGGCUGAAAGCGACGAAACCUCCGAAGAAGACAUAAGCUUUAGAGCGAAAAAGAAGAAAAAACCGUCAAUUAGGUCAACAAAUGUUGAAAAAGAUUCUAACAAACUUGCUGUAAAUGAUGAGUUUAGCAGUGAUAUACUUUUCAAUAUCUUGAAACAAGCUGUCAAAAACGGCAUGUUCACGGAGCAACAAAAAAUGAUAAAGAAAAUAAGAAAGAAAUAA